CACAGUACAGUAUCAGCAGAAACUAGCUUGCAGGUGAAUGGCAAGAGUCUUCAGUGGACAACUGAUCCGUUUCAGAAGCCCUUUUCUGUCUCACUCCAUAUCUACUCUUCUUCUUCUUCUUCUUCUUCAACUUCUUCCUCAUAUCGAUCCUCUACAUCAUCGAAUUGGGCUCCCGAAAAUCGAACUCUCCGUUCGUAUCACCGGGCUCUGAAACUCCUCAAGCCUUGUCGCAGUAUGAGACAGCUGUAUCAAAUCCAAGCGCAUUUGAUCACUCGUGGUUUUUUCCAAGACCCAUUUGUGGCCGGCGUGGUUUUGAAGUGUGCAUCUAAUUUUGGUGAUCUCAAUUAUGCUGUCUUGGUUUUUCGAUGUAUUAAAUCCCCGGAUACGUUUUGUGUAAAUACUGUUAUCAAGGCCUACGCGUGCAGCAAUAUCCCACACCAAGCCGUGGUUUUCUAUUUUGAAAUGCUGACAGAUGGGUUUGUCCCCAAUAGUUUUACUUUCCCUCCAUUGAUAAGUUCUUGUGCCAAGGCGGGUUGGGUGAAAUCCGGGCAAAUUUGCCAUGCGCAAGCUACGAAGAAUGGCGUUGAUCGUGUGUUGCCAGUAGAGAAUUCGCUGAUUCAUUUGUAUGCCUGUUGUGGGAGUAUUGAUUUUGCUAGGCGCGUGUUUGAUGAAAUGUCUGUGAGGGACUUGGUAUCUUGGAACUCAAUUGUCGAUGGGUUUGUUAAAGUUGGUGAAGUGGGCAAAGCACAUGAGAUAUUUGACUCAAUGCGCCAGAGGAAUGAGGUUUCUUGGAAUAUCAUGAUUACGGGGUAUUUGAAUAUUAGAAACCCUGGUUGGUGUUUGAAGUUGUUUAGGGAAAUGGUUAAGACAGGAUUGAGAGGCAGUGGCACAACUUUCGUGAACUUGCUAACUGCUUGUGGUAGGUCAGCUAGAUUGAAGGAAGGAAGAUCCGUUCAUGGUUUUCUCAUCAGGACAUUGCUAAAGUCAAGUUUGAUCAUUCACACAGCCUUGAUAGAUAUGUAUAGUAAGUGCAAAAGGGUGGAUGUUGCCAAACUAGUUUUUGAUAAUAUGCCAGAGAGAAAUUUGGUUUGUUGGAAUGCAAUGAUUUUGGGACAUUGCAUUCAUGGGAAUCCAGAAGAUGGACUCAAUCUUUAUGGAAAAAUGGUAGAGAAAACUUGCUCAAUAAAUAGAGAAGUUGAUUGUAACACUAAUGUAAAUACAAAUGAAAAGCAGGGACAUUUUCCAGAUGAAACUACCUUUAUCGGUGUAUUAUGUGCUUGUGCUCGUCGAGGGCUCUUGACAGAGGGGAAAAACUACUUCAGCCAAAUGAUUGACUUGUUUAAUAUACAACCAAGUUUUGCCCAUUAUUGGUGCAUGGCUAAUCUCUUUGCCAGGGUUGAUCUACAGCCCGAGGCAAUGGAAAUCUUAAGGAACAUGUCUGUCAGUGAGAACAUGUCAUCUGAUUCCCCAUCAUGGGCUACUUUGCUUGGUUCAUGCCGUUUCCAGGGAAAUGUUAUUUUGGGGGAACAAAUUGCAAAAGCAUUAAUUGAGUUAGAGCCAGAAAAUCUUUCAUGUUAUGCAUUGCUGUUCAAUAUAUAUGCUAUAGCAGGUCGAUGGGAGGAUGCAAAUAGGAUGAAGCAGAUUUUCAAGGAGCUAGGGGUUAACAAGAUACCAGGUUGCGGUCUCUUCGACUUGAUGGAAAUUGUUCACAACUUAAAGGUAGGAAAUAAAUUGCAUGUGCAGGAGAUCAGCAUACCGAUGGUUGGAUUGGUUCAUCAUUUGAGCUUGUCGUCCAAUGAUUCUAAAAGAUCACCUUGAACAAAAUAGAAACUGGAGAUAAUGUCUGAAUGGGAAAUCAAAGCCUGGUUUCUGCUUAUCUCACGUCAGUGGAGCUGUGAGAAGUGUCUUCUUAUUGUUGAAGUAUUUUGAUAAACCACGAUACUUAUAUGACCAUCCUGAAAUUGGAGAUGAUGUAAAGGUAUAAAUGUUGCUUUUAAGGCCUUAUUCAAGAAGUUAUUCUUUGUCAAAAGAAACAAGGAGAAGCAGAAACCACUCACUGAGCUAAAGCGAUAAGGGCUCUCUGUUUUCUGACCUUAGUACUGAUUUGUGCAAAAUGCUGCAUGACGUUGGCCAAACUGGUUCAAAAGGCAAACCUUGUCAGAUCUCCAAUUUGGUGCAACUGCUGCACAAGACAGCAAGAUGGGGUGCUAUUUGCUUCCCCUGGAAACAGCAGAAGCCAGCUUCAUGAGGCCAUGAUUACCAUGUUACCCAACAGCAGAGAUAUGGUUCAGUUGGUUUAUAGAAUGACGAGAAUGGGUCUGCUGUUAUGGGAGAUGUACUGCUAAUUGACAACUACUGGCCUGCUGCAGCGUCAUAUAUACUCUGGAUGCAAGAGUCAAUGGGAGGCUUCAUCACUGUAUUGCUUACACCUUCUGCUUGCAGCUGAACUGUGGUGAUGACUGGGACUAGACCUUGCUUGAAGGAGAACUUUCUUAAUAUUCUGGUGCAAAAGUGAUCCUGCAGAAGCGAUUGGUUUCAUUCUGAACCUUAGGGAAGAAUAUUCUGCCUUUAACAUCCAGAUAAUAAUUGGCUUAACUAGGUGAGACAGUCAUACGUGACAUGAAGUGAAUAUAUGCACCUAUUUGUUAGCAUAAUCUACUUGCUGACGCUGAUUCAACCACUCCCCUCCAGUUUAGAGGUUUCUGCAUCUGGUCUAGGUGCAGUUUGAUUUAUAUAAAAAAGGGCAUCCCUGGUGCAUGGGGCUCUCCAUUUGUAUUUAUACACAACCUUUGCCUUUUUCUUUUUUUUUUUUCAAAGAGACUUUUUUCACAACUUGAACCUGUUGACCUUCUAGUAAAAAUUGAGCAACCUUACCAUUGCUACCAAAGCACGUCUUUAUAUAGUUUUAUUUA